UGCCGGAGGGCGGGGCCGCGCCGGCGGGAGCGCGCCCUCGAGGCGUCACCGGCGGGUGGAAGUGGAGGAAGGCAGGCCACCCGGGGGAGCGCGCAAGGCCUCACGUGCGCGCUCUCGCGCGUCAGCUCGCGCGCCCACGCGCCCGCCGGCUCGCCCGCCCUGCAGUCCCGGGAAGUCUCGCGAUGCCGUAGCCGGGUGCUCCCGCUGCGGGUGGCUCUGGCUGUUGCUGUGGUUGCCUGAGUUGCUGCUGCGGCGGUGGCGGUGGCGGCGGUGCUGGUGGAGGUGUCGGCCCUUGGGCGGAUGUUGACAUUGUGUUGUUAUUGCUGACGGUAAUGGCGGCGGCGGCGGCCAGGACCCCAUCUCCUCUGUAGCCGAAGGCGAGACAGCCCAGAGCGAACUCCACGGCCUCGGAGCUCGCGGCAGCGAUUCCCCUCAGCCUCCGUCGCUUCGCCAGCCCGUAUCCCGGCCCCCAGCCCCACUGGAGUCAGGCCCCUUCGGGCGGGGGGCCUCGGCGGUUCAGGAUGGCGGAUUUCGACGAGAUCUACGAGGAGGAGGAGGACGAGGAGCGGGCCCUGGAGGAGCAGCUGCUCAAGUACUCUCCGGACCCGGUGGUGGUCCGCGGCUCCGGUCACGUCACCGUAUUUGGACUGAGCAACAAAUUUGAAUCAGAAUUUCCUUCUUCAUUAACUGGAAAAGUAGCUCCUGAAGAAUUUAAAGCCAGCAUCAACAGAGUUAACAGUUGUCUUAAGAAGAACCUUCCCGUUAAUGUACGUUGGCUACUUUGUGGCUGCCUUUGUUGCUGCUGCACAUUAGGUUGCAGUAUGUGGCCAGUUAUUUGCCUCAGUAAAAGAACACGAAGAUCGAUUGAGAAGUUAUUAGAAUGGGAAAACAAUAGGUUAUACCACAAGCUGUGUUUGCACUGGAGACUGAGCAAAAGGAAAUGUGAAACGAAUAACAUGAUGGAAUAUGUCAUCCUCAUAGAAUUUUUACCAAAGACACCGAUUUUUCGACCAGAUUAGCAUUUACUUUAUUUAUAGAGACUUUCCAAGUAUGUUGUCUUUCCAAUGGUGCCUUGCUUGGUGCUCUCCUGGUGGUGACAUAACAUUGGUUCUACAGAAUCGUGUGGUGUUUUUUUCUGGUUUUUUUUUUUUUUCAAUAACCGCAUGUUCUAAGUGUGCAUUUUUGUCAAACUUUGCAACAGUUAUUUCAUACAGAUGUUUAAUACUUAAGUUAUUGUGCUCUUUUCUGUUAUGUAUUCUGAUUUUAAGGAUUACUUUUUUGUAUUAUCAAAAAAAUACAUUUGAACUUAGCAUAAAACAUGGCUAGCCUUUUUUAUUUUACCACCAAGGUACACAGAGUCCUUUAUUUAUUAAUUCCUUAAUAUAGAAAAAGACCUUUGUAAGGCUCUACUUAUAUAUUCUAGCAAGCACACUCUUUGCAUUAUUUUUCUUGCUUUUAAAAUUUAAUGUAGUUAUUAUUUUUAAAUAGUUUUCUUUGAUAGCUUUUUGAAACCUAACGCAUUCUUUCUCAUACAAUUCCUAAUGCUCUGUUUACAACAGAAAUAUCUGUAACGUUAUGAAGACCUGUCAAAAAGUUUUGAAAGUAUUUCUGUCUUCAAAAGUAGCAAGGCAGGAUUAAAUUAUUUUCAUUAGAAUAUACAAAUCAGUGAAUGAUAUGCAUGCAUCUAAUGGUUACUGGAGCUCAGGAUCACAAAAUAUAGUAGCAUUACAAUCUGUAUAUUUUUGAUCAAGAUGGUAUUAAUAAUGGCCUUAUUUGGUUACUUUCUAUUGUUUAUCAAAUCUUAUAUACAGAAGUAUAAAAAUAUUCCCUUAAAAAUUCUAAGGAAAAUAUUUCUCCCAAUUUAACACAAUUGUAGAAUGGGCAUAUGUUUCUGAAAAGUUUUUGAAAGAAAGCUAAAGUUCUAGAAUUACAGUAAGCUGGUGUUUAAUACCCCAUUCAUAUUUAAAAACAGAUUAUUGCUAAAAAAAAAAUAGAGGACAUAUUUAGUACUGUUUCUAUCCACUAGUUUGCUUUCAGUCCAGUUAUGUAUACUUUUUUGAUUGAGAUUGUAACAUCUAAGUUUGAAUCAGAUCAGCUUAUUUCUUUAAAAUAUAUACAAACAUACAUUUUUUUCUCCUUUUGGUUGUACAUAUCUCCAUGCAUUUUAAAACUUUCUAAAUUUCUGAAUGGCCUAUCUGUAAAUUUUUGUUUUUAUAAACCUGGAAUUAUACAAAUUUUAUGUGUGUCAAGAACUUGUUCCAUACGACUGUGGUAUCGAGCAAUAAUGUGAAUAACUUUUGAAAUUAUAUAAACUAUGCUAAUUUGUAUUAAGAAUUGGUACCACUAUAUAAUACCUUUUUUCCCUUUAUUAAACCUUUUAAAUACCAGUUUCAUUAAUUUAUAUAUAUCUGUAUUUUUAAAAAGUAUUUCUUUGUACUUCUCCAAAGUACUGUAAUUCUAUAAAAAUUUGAAUAGUUGAAUGCCAGUAUCUUAUAUCCUAUAUCAGACAUUAGGAACUAUUUUAAAAACUAAGAAAACUAAGUUUCUUUUUUUUUUUUUUUUUUGGUCUGAGAUUUAUUUGUUUCCAUUGCCCAGCAAGACACUUACCAACUUGAAUUUAUAAAACACUUUUCCUUUGAAAAGCUCAAAGUACCAAGAAUUCAAACACUUCUCACUUUAUUUACGGUGUAUCUUGGAUGUAUCCUGUCUCCUUAAAGUAGUGCAAUUAAAAGAUAACGCUGUUCAGACUCUAGUGUUCCUCUGUGGUUUCAGUGUGAUGUAGCAUUGUUGUAUGAAGGAUGCUAAUUCUGCCUCAGGAUUUAUAACGAGCAGAAUAACAUGACUGCAGACUAUGCGGCACAGGUUUCCAAAUCUAAAGUUUUGUGAACUGAGCGAGCACCAUACUAAUCAGCUUUAAAGGAAGAACUACAUCUAUUUAGGCAUUUUUUUUUCUCUUAUUAUUAUUCUGUAAAUUGUAAUUUUAACAUUAUGUUCCCAGAAUAUUUUUAACAAAAAGAUGAUUUUCAUACUUGAUAAUGUUAAGUACAGGAUUUUAAAAAGCUUUUCUAAUUUUAUUGAGAAGUAUAUCAGUUGCUUAAAGAUUCCCUAGAAUUGGGCACACUUAUAUUUCUAACGAAUGUGUAGAAAAGAGCUGUGAAUGCUUAAUAUGUGGCAUUACCAUAAUCCAGUCACGCUUUGAGAGGUUAGAUUUCUAUACUUGGGAUUUCAUUAGUAGCUGGCGUAAGCACUCUGGUUUAUCCUUUCUUGAAUCAUAAAUUUAAGUGCCCAUGUUACUGGAAAUUAGAAAUGUCAGAGAUGCCUGUGCUAUGUGAACAUUAGUUCAAAGGAAAUGUUUGAAAUGAUGAUUGCUCUUCAGUUACUGUUUUCUGACUUAUAAGUUUGUGAGACUUGAACCAUACUUAUAAAACUGUCCAAGAAUAGGUAUUGUCAGCAGAAAAUCUAAUUGCGGAUUUUACAUGGGCUAUGUGAAUAACUUAUGAUCUUUGUUCUUAUGUUACUGGUGUUUUGCAAUUAGUCUAGGAUUCUUGUGUAGAAACAUUCCUUUAUCAAAUAAUGCACUUUGCAGACCCUAUUAUAUUUUAGUACAUGACUCUUGUAUAUCUGAGUUAAAAUAUAUACUCCAAAACCUAAUGACUAUAGUAAAACUGAAUUGACAUAUUUAGCUUUUAAGGUAGAUAUGCCCCUCUCUCACAAGAGGGUCACCUUACCUAUAUAAAAUGGUCAUCAGAUGCUUUAUUAAGACUCUUUAGUGACUAGGUUUUAUCCAUUUAAAAUACGAACGUGUGUUUUGGCCUAAAAUCAAAAAGUGUUCAAACCUUAAAUACCAGUAAACAAUUUCCUUUUCUUACUAGAAAAACCUAGUUUUGUAAUUGAAUGAUUCUAAAUCAGGAAGAACCACAACUUGCUCCAUGGUUGCAUUUUCAGUGUUAUUUGUAGAGAGCUUCUGAUUGCUUCUUUAUGUUAGUGGACACAAGCUGACCAUAUAAAAACUUGACACAUUCCAUAUCUGUCUUUGGUUAUAGAAAAAUGAUAUUAAGUAGUAAAAUACAGUGGGACCCAUAGUUGCAUGAGUUCAAACUAUACUAGUGUUAUUUAAUAUUCUGUAUAUAGACUGUUUGAACUUUCAUGGUAUUUUCUUCGCGAUUAUGACUAUUAGCUGCUUGCCUGAUGUUUUACUGUAAAUAUUUGCUUUGGCUCAGCUAUUGGUCAGUAUACUAAAUCAGAAGUACAUAUGUUUUAAAACUGUCUUUGAUGGAAUUUCAGCAUCUAGUCCUGGACUCUUUCCUUCUCCUAUCCCACUGAAGCACUGUGGGUUCUUUUGUUGCCCUCUUGAUCUCCAGAGUCUUCACCCAGGCGUGGACAUAGUUUAGAAUUGCCUUUCUGUCUUCCUUCCCCAAAGCUCCCAGUAAGAAUGUUAAUGUUUUUGCAUUCUUAGCUAGGUGUUUAGGAGGCCAGUUAAUGUGAGUCAGUCACAUUAAGUGAUGAAUGGCUGACAUUCUGAAUUCUGCUUAAGUGGUACUUUCAUCUUUAAAAGGGAAUUUCUUAACUUAAAUUUCCAAUUGGUGCAGUGGUACAGUUUGUGUUUGCCUUUUCAACAGACCCUACUUUACAGUCCACUCUUUACAGGAAGGGAGUAAUAGGAUGGUUGCAUAUGGGGCUUCUCAAACCAGUAUUUCUGAAGAAAUCUGAUUUAUGUCUAGCAUUAGGGCAGAAAGAAUCGGCUUAAGACCAAUCCCAGAUCAAACUAUUAGUUAUCCAUAAUAGUUUAUGUUUAAAUAAAUACUCUUUUAAAAUAAAUAAAGCAACUCCUAAUUUCUUAUAGAUACAAUAGCCUACUUUAUCCUGUUUUUUAGGAACUACUGUAUAUAAAUUGAGAUUUGAAGAUUUGUCUUUAAAUCUUGAGUUAUCUUGUUCUGUACAUUUACAAAGAUUUUUAGGUAAUUUAAGAGAAACAUAAAUAUUAUUUACAUUAUUAGUCAUAAUUCUGUGUACUGGUUUCUGUUAUAGGGAGCAGUCACCCCCUCAACCCAUCCCAUGCUAAAUUGAAACAACAGGUUAUAGCCUUAAUAGACAGUUCUGAAAACAGAAAUUCAGAUUGCUAAUUCUGAAUUUGGAUUGAUUUCUGAUGUUCUGCAAGAUCACCAAGUUACUUGGCCUCUUUGCUUCUCAUUUUCACAGAAGGAGGAUACUCUGACUACCUCAUAUUUUUAAAUCAUUUAUUUUACUGUUAUUCAUUAAGUGCUAUACAGAAUUAAGUAGCUAGAUGUUCAACAGUAAUGGUUGAGUGGCUUUUUUGACUUAUUUACAAUAUCAGCAGAAACUUGAGUUAUCAAAUUUUGCAUUUAAAAUUUAAGAGUACUCCCUAUAUGUACUUAAAAUUAAGUUUUGCAUGCUUAAAAAUCAGGUAAACAUUAAAUAGAAUACUUGAGAAAAGUUUCUUUUUAAUAAAAGCUUUUAAAAUAUAGUCACAUCUCUGAUAUGUAAGCAAAAUCAUGCCCUUUUUUGGUUUGUUUUUAACAUUUCCUCUACUUCAUAAACAUGGUGCUCUGAAUUUGAGAGUUGACUGCUUUUUUCUCUUCAUGAAAAAUAGACGGUAUGUUGUUUCCCUAGCUCUUUAUCUCAGAAAUAUUUCAGUGAACUAACUAUACCAGGUAAUUCUUAAUUUUGGCAGAUGAGCUGUCUAGUCUUUUUUUUUUAAAGAAACAAUGUCACCCAACCUUCAAGACUAGAUAAGUAAAUUUUCAGUGCUCCUGUCUGUUGGACCAUAAUGUCUCCUCAAACUGCAGAUUUUUUCUCUCCUGUUAUUUUACCUACUGAUUCUUAAUUUAAUAAAACUGGUUCAAUUCUUUCUCAAUAUAAAUGCUACAUAGAUUUAAAAUGUUUUAGAAGGAAAGAGCAUUCUAUUUCCUCAAGAAACCUUUUGUACAAAUUAAAGACCACUUCCUCUUCCUUCUCUUCAUAGCAGCUUAUUUAAUUGGAUAAUUACAACAGUCUCAUUGCAUUGCCACAAAGUCUUCAUAAACAUGAGUUUGUUUUAACUAAAGUUAUCAAAGCCCUUUUAACGUGUCUAUUUCUUUUUACAUUUGUUAGCGCUAUGACAUUUUGCCCUCUCAGGAAAGUUAAGCAUUCCAGUGGCAGUGGAAGCACGGUAGACAUGACUGAAAGUAACAUGCUGGCUGAGAGAAAUAACUGCAUUGCUGCCCUACACUUUGAUUUACGAAGGUGAAGGUUAUGCAAUGGCCAGGAAUUGCACGUGGCUUUAUACUUCCUUUUAUGCAUUCUUUAUGUAUUACGAUAGAAAUUAUUUUUUAAAGCAAAAUAUUACUCUAGAGUUUUCUUCUAUCAUGUCCUUUUGAGAAGAUAAUAAAAGAGACCACCUUGAAUACAGUAUUCUUUGAUUUAUCUUUUAUAGUUUUAAGUGUGAUAAUUAAACAAUCUGAAAAGUACCAAAUAAAGGAUUUUAGGAAUUUGUUCCUAUGUUUUUGAUGAGCAUGGAGUAGUUUUCAAAUAAAGUAAUUCAUCAGAAAUUUCUGAUGGAUGAGCAAUUAUGCAGACCCAAGAUCAGGGUCCCUAUUAAUCAUACUUUCAGAUAAUUCUAAUUACAUCUAGGUAAGUCUGCUAACAUUAAAAAAAAGAAAGUUGCACCAUCUCAGGACCUGGCACAUAGCAGAUAUCCAGUGUUUGUUACAUAAAUAAAUUUAAUUCAAUCCAGAAAAAUGGAAGUAAUUUAGUAAAAUACACAGUUAAAUUUUAAAGGUAUGUAUUAUAUUUUUCUUUCAUUAUUAAGAAAUUAAAGCCAUUGCCAAACAAGUACCAUGUUUUUGUUAAGACGAGAUUUUCCCUUUGGUUAGAUAAAAAUUUGUUUGCCUUUAUAGUUAUGAAAAAAUAUGUAUUUAAGGUGGCUUUUUGUCCAUUGUUGGUUGCAGUAUAUUUAUUUAGUCUUAUAAAAUUAAGUCUUCUUUGACAUGGUUUUUCCAGUAAACAAAUGGAGCUAGGGGAUUUUUUUUUUUUUUAAUUUUACUUUAUCUAGUUGAGUUUUUGUUGCUUUGCCUAGUUGAGUUUUUAUUGUUACUCUGCUGUAACACAGGACUUCAGCACAUGAUUUUAUGCUCAAAACCGAAAUAUGAGCUAAUUCACAGCAUUUGGUCUCUAAAGACUAUAAUAUGUUAAGUAAACUUUUAAGCUAAUUUAGGUGACAUUGGAAAAGGGAGUCUAAAAUUUAGAAAUCAAAUCACUUUAAAGGAAAUUGACCAAACUUAAUCACAUCUAUUGAAAUGACCGUGUGAAUGAACACACAAACAUAUUUCUUCUAUAAACAUGACCUGUACAAAUUUCUGGGAAUAAAACAUCUGACAUUAUAAAUAUGAGUUUAGGAGCUAUAAGCAAUACACUUAUAAAAGAAAAUUUUAUAUUAUUGUGUUCAUGAACUCACUUUAUAGUUAGAAAAAAGAAGAGGAAAAAAUACAACUUACAUACUACCUUUUUUCCCUCUAGAGAUCUUAAGUUUUCCCUAAAUUUAAAAAGCCAGUAGAGCUAUAUUACAUAGAGUUCUUGAUUAUCCUAUUUAGGCUUAGCAUUGGUUUUUAAGUUUUCAGGAGGAAACAGAAAUAAUUCUAAUCAUGAUCCCUGCAAAUACACAUAUUUAGCAGUAUUUAGCUGAAGUUUAUCUAUUGCAUUGUAUGAAAUGACUAUUUAUCAUAUAAACUUUUUUUUUUCCAUUUGAUUUGAUUGACCCAGAUUCUAGUGCAAACCUUUAAAAAGUAGUUCCAUAUAUAUGAAAAAAUGUAUGUGCGUGUAUACAUACACAUAAUUCUAAAAUAAAGUAAUUGUAACUCAGUUCACUAAGAUACCUUUUUGCAGUAGGCAGUUAAGAUGCAUUUAUACUCCAUCACCUGGAUUGUUUUAGUAAAAGUACAAAAUGACAAUUGAUUCUAUUCAAAACAUUUAAAAACUAAGGGAAAUUUGUGUUCGUGGAUUAUUUUUUUUCCUUGAAUCAUCUCAGUAUUGUAGUUUUAAAAGGAUUGAUUUAUUUUCUGAAUUUCUAUUCUUUUAUUCACUUUUUUUUUCAUCCUGACAAGAAAAAUGUGAGAGUUCUCAGAAGUAUAUUAAGUUUCCCUUUCCACAGUUGGAAACCUAAGCAAAAAUGCCAUUACUGCUUGUAGAAGUUACUAUCGUAGAAUCCAUCACAGAAAGCCCAAAAGAUAGUCCAACCUUUUGUACCUACAGUCUUAGAUAUUGUUAGAUGGCCAUUCAGUUUUCUUUACAUUGUGUGUGAGAUGAAUAUUUCUUAAGACUUUUUUGUUUGCUUUACUAAAGAAAUCAACGAAGGAAAAAAAAAAAAAACCCAAAAAAACAAAACAAACAAAAAACACCCUGUAACUCAUGUGAAGCAUGCAGGGUGUUGUAAUUUCAGUUUGCAAAGCGGUGUGAUACAAUGUUGCUGAGCCAAAAGCACACGAUAGAUUUAAUGUAACCAAUUGUGUACUUUUGAAAAAAAGAGUAACUGUUCCCUGUGAGUUAAUUUUGGAUUUUUUCAAAAUCUCUCUUUUAGGCUUUGUGCUGGAUUCUUCCAGACAAAUGCGUAUUCCAUGUGGGCCACUGUUCUGCUAAAUGCUCUCAGUUCUCCUUUUGCAAUCAAGAUUAUGUUGCUAAGGAGAUUUUGCUUUUAUUGGUGCCAUUGAUUUGUGUUAAUACGUUUUGAAUACCACUCCGUAUUCUUCUGUAGACAAGGCCAAAAGAAAAACUUCCCCGAGUUUUCCAAUUUACAUUACAAAUGGAGCGGUGGUGUAAUGAAGCCGAUAUAAAGUGGGCAGUUGAAAGGGAACUAAAGAAGGGCACUCAAGUGAGAAAUGAAGAAAUGUGCCGAGUGUAGUCUGUGGGCUGCCUUCUUCGGUCCAGCUGCAGGAACUGGCUCUGGCCAGAGGUAGAGUGAGUGAGCACCUCCCUCUGCAAAGACCACCCACUUUUUGGAGCCCAGUCUGGCAUACCAUAGAUUACCUCAUUGACUAAUAUAGGGCCAUUUUACAAAGUGUGAAACUCUUCUGAAGUGGCAAAGAGAUGGUUCUCUCUCACCCCUAAAUCUCUUUUUUGAGUCCUUUCUAGAGCAUGACUGAGGCUAGACUUUCUAUAGCUUAUGACCUUAAGUUGUCCUUAAAGGAUACCCUGUGGAUGAUUGUAAGGACUAGCAUAUUCAAAUAUUGUUUGUAUGUCUCUAGAUGUGGAAGAUGUUAACUCGAUGAAAUGGAAGGUUUUAGCUAUAUGUUCCUUACUUUGUAUCAUAUUCAAGAAUCCAGACACUGUCGUCUUACUUUAAAAAAAAAAAAAAAAAAGCCCUCAAAUGUUCUGCUGUGAAUGGAAGGAGAAUCCAACUUGACAUGUCUUGAAUCAGUGAAGUGAUUUACUUACAUUAUAGUAUCUGAAGGUAUUAAAGGAUACAUUUGUGGCACAGUCAUAUCCCUUUAGUGGUUUACAUUGAUCAAACAGGCUUAUAGUUUUGUUAUGUUUGUUUUUAAAUCAAAGCAAAAAUACUGCACUGAUACAAUCUGAAGAGUUUUUAGACAUUUUAAAUUAGAAAUGUCAAAAAUAAUAUACUAGAAACUAUGAAAAAAAUUACUACACAAGUUUGGGGAAAUUAAAAUCUGAUCACAAAGGAAGCAUCUCAAGUGUUAAAAGAAGAAGCCUGCAUUAUUCAGAGAUGAAAAAUGGCUGUUUCUGUCAAAAUAAUUUAUUAAUAACUUCAGCAAAAUAAAAGUCUAAAUUAUCCAUCCUUUAAUGUUGUAUGAUCUGGGCAAGAAGCAAAAAUUGAAGAGGCAUUUUGCUAGCAGUGGCAAAUAUGAAAUUUAUAAAAACAUCUGAAAGUGGAAUCUUUAAUUCCUUUAUUUAUAGUUCUCUUCAGUAGAUUUUUCUCCCAAAGAUGCUCAGCAGGUACUGUGCUUCAUGGUUAAGAUCCCAACUUCCAGACUAAAUGUGGGAAGAAUUUUUAUCUUACAUCCCAAAAUCUUGGUACAUUUGUACUUGUUUUUUUCUCCUGUAAUUUUAAAAAGCAUUUAAAAUUAAUUAACUGGAGCUUUAAAGACUAAAGUCAGAAAAUACAGGGUGAAUUUGUAUUUUUGACCUGGUAUUUUUGGCUGUAUUUGUCAAUGGUUUCUAUGUUAAUGAUACCAUUCUUUCAUGGUAUAAUCUUAAAUUUAAGUUGUAUUAUAGGUAAAAGGUAAUGAGACAUAUACUAAUAUUUUUAUGCUAUAUAUUGAGAGCAUUUUUUUUCAAAUUGGAAUUAAUCUAUUGAAACUGACUUUUAAAUUACUUUAAACUUAUGCUUGGAAAGCUUAACCUGAAGAGGUAGGCAAACCUAUUCCGUUCAUGUACAUAAAACAAGUGAUAUAGCUUUAUUCUGAGCAUUAAACAUGUAACAAAAACUCAUGAAAUUAUUUUCCAAAGACAGGUAAAAUUUACCGGAGGUAUUCUAAGAUUUAUGAACUCUGAAGAUUCAGCUGUUUAUAGUCUUCUGUUUGUAACAUACCAUACCUUCUGGAAGGUAUUUUUGUAAAAGAAUGCAAGUGUGAGAGAUCAACCAUUCUGCCCAGAUUGUCUGACCAAUAUUUCUUCUAUCUGCUGCUUAGAGCAAAGAUUAGUUAGGUGAUUUAUAAAUACAUGGUAUUUAAAUACUAUCAAAAGCAUCAACAGUUAGGCUGCAUCAGGAAAGAGCUUUGCAGAAAGUGUGUGUAGGAAAGUUCUGUCUUCUUUUCCAGUUUUGUCAGCACUAAGUCUUGCCCUUUAGCCAUAUACCCCCCAUCCAUUUUUAAAAAGGUAGAAUCUCCGAGCUGAAAGAAACCCCAAAGGUGCCCAGUGGGAAUGUGCCUUGAAAUCCUGGGGAGUUUUUUGUUUUUUGGUUUUUUUCAAAUACACUUGGCUGUACUCUCCCCCCAUUAGAAUUGGGAGGAGAGUGAAGGAGAGCGUAUAUGUAUUUUGAAAUUUUUUUCUCAAUUAUGAUGACAUUGUCCCUUCCUAUUGUAACCUUAUAAUGAACUCUCAUUUAUCUAUGUUCAUGGAUUGUUAGUGAUAGAGCUCAUGUGGGGGGUCUUUCCUGCAGUAAAUACUAUAAAUAGAAUUUUCCUUUUUGCAAAUAUAGGUGUUAAAAAAAAUUCCUAAAAGUUAUCAUUUGAAGUCCAGAAAGCAUUAUCAAAAUUGAUUCUUUGCAACUGAAAGACUAUCAUCUAUGCCUUGAACACCUAAAGGCAAAUUGUUGAAACAAAGCAAAACAAAAACAAAAAAAACAAAGGGGGAAAAAGCCCAAAAAACCCCACCAAAUUCCUUGUCUCUAAGUGAUAAAAUUUCAGCUCUGUCUACUGCCCAACCUGAGAACUGUGACUUAAACAUUUAAUUAUUUAUUGCUGGUGCAUGUGAAAACAUUUAGAAUGGCUGGCAGCCUACCAGACCCAGAGUUAAACAUUCUCCAGUCUGACUAGACUGCUGGGUAGCCAACUUCACAUCAGAUUAAACACAUUCUCUUCCUAAUGAAUAGCUUGGAACCCAAAAAAUUGAUUUUGUUACAAAAAAAAAAAAAAAAAAAAAAGCAAGGGGUGUGUUGUUUUCUAAAUUAAAAUUAUUUUACAUUUUACUGACAGUAUUCUAAUUAUGAUUGUCAAAUGUAUUUUCUUUGGUGGUGGUGAGAUGGAAGAGAAAUGGACAAUGAGGGACUUUUCAUACUAAGAAAAUUGAAAAAGGACUCCAACAAGGUUGGACACAAUGCAGCCUAGAGAUGAACAUUCAUGAAUUUUGUACAGAAAAAAUUUACAUUUGAUUAACAUUUUAAAUUACAAAGGCAGGUCUACAAAUACCAAUUUGCAUGUGUGUGUUCUCAUUGCAUUUUCCAAGCAAAUGGUGAAUAAUGUAAUGCUAACUAUAUUCUGUUUCCUUACCAUUAAUUUCCCUUUUUAUUUUAAAGUGUAAGCUAACUGUACUGUGUAGUAAUGUUAAUUUCAGUGAACUGUACUUAAUGUUAUCUGUAGAUCUAUGCACACAAACUCUAUGUAAUGUUCCCUUAUGUAAUAAAUGCUUCCGGAUAA